UUUAAAAUAUGCUCUGGUAACAUUUAUACCAUAGAAUAUAAAAUUAUUAAUGUUUUGUUGCGGCGCGACUCUGUUUAGCGCUAGAUGUUUUGCCUGUACCGCUUCGAUAUUCGUUAAUAAAUAAAACAUUUAAUUACAGUGUUAACAAGUAUGCUGUGAAAUAUUGUGUGUAGCGACAAUUCAAACAUUCAAUACAUAUUAUUAGUUAAAUGGUGGUAUAAAGUUUCAGUCAUUGAAAUGUAAAUGAGUGUAUAGCGUCGAAAGUAAACAGAAAUAGAUUCAAUACGAAACCCAAAAUCGGAAGGCGCAACAUUUGGCAGCCUUUACCGAGUGCUGUGGUUAGUGGCAAUAGCCGCUGAGAUGUGCAUGUGAUCGUGCGGAAAGACAAAGGAAUGACCGGGACCGGCGGGCCGGCGGCGGCGCGCGUAGCUGCGCUGCUGCUGGCGCUGCUCGGCACAACGGUAGCGCUCGCUGCAGGCGAAGAAUCCGCCACAGUGGCGGCAACAGCUGCGGCGUGCGAGGCGGGGCAGUUCGCGUGCGCGGACGGGCUGCGCUGCGUGCCCGCCGCCUGGCGCUGCGACGGCCGCGCGCACUGCGCCGACGCCAGUGACGAGCUUCACUGCUCCAACCACAACCCGUGGAACGUGAGCUGUCGUGGCGACGAGUUUCGCUGCGCCGUGAGCAACUUCUGCCUGGCACCGAGUUGGCGCUGCGACGGGGAGCCCGACUGCGGCGCGCACGACGCCUCGGACGAAGACCCCAACAUGUGUCAGAAAGAUUUCAAGUGCCCUGGGAAUAGCGCGCGGUGCGUGACCCCGGUGGACGGACAGUUCUCGUGCGUGCCUAUCGAACAGUUCUGUGAUGGUGUGCGGCACUGUGCCGACGCGAGUGACGAAUGGGACAUCUGUGAUAAUUUCACGGCGAGUCAGUGCGAGGCGCUGCACUGUGAGCUGGGGUGUCGGCCCACACACACGGGGCUGGCCUGCUACUGCCGCGCCGGCUACGAAGCGGAUACCUCCGGACGAUGUGUUGACGCGGACGAGUGUUCGCGGGAGGACGCGUGCGCGCAGCACUGCCACAACACGCUGGGCUCCUACUCCUGCGCCUGCGCACCCGGGUACAACCUGCACGCCGAUGGACGCAACUGCAUUGCUAUAAACGACCCUGCAGAUGAGCCGCUGUCUCUGGUGGUUGUAACGCAGCGUGAUGUGAGGCGCGUGUGGCCCGGCGUGCUUCCCGGCGAACUGGCCAACCAGCCUGCUCCGCCAGCCCUGCCUGCCCCACCCGCCCAGCACAACCACACGCUGCCCGCUCUCAAUGUACGCGCCAUCGACUUCCACUAUACAAACAGGACCAUCUGCUACGUGCACCACAACAUCAGCAAGUCGGGCAUCGUGUGCGUGGCGGCGGACGACUUCAGCCGGCGCACAGUAAUGCCGACACCCGAUCUGUUCCCCGACGUCGCCGGCGUCACACAUCUGGCAAUUGACUGGGUGUCGGGCAACUGGUACCUGGUGGACACCGGCCGCGAGGCGCUGUACGUGUGCUCACCCGCCCUGCAACACUGCCGGCUGCUGCUGGACUCCGCGGUGGGCAAGGUGCACGGCUUCGCGCUGGACCCGGGAGCUGGCCUCAUGUUCUGGUGCGUGUGGGGAGCUUCGCCGCCUAGCGUGGAGCGUGCCACGCUAGCGGGCGAGGCCCGCAUGGCGCUGGCGCAACGACAGCUUGUGUACCCGUCCGCGGUGACCCUGGACCCCGCAGCGCGCGCCAUCUACUGGGUGGACGCCUACCUCGACUGCGUGGAGCGCGCCGACUACAGCGGCGCCAACCGCCGCACCGUGCGCCGCGGAUAUGCUACGCAAGAGCUGCAGCUCAUCUCGAUGCUGGAGAGCACGCUGUACCUGCCGGUGUGGCGCAACAGCUCGGUGUCGCUGGUGUCGCGCUACAGUGCGGCCCGCGCGCGCGCCUCGCUGGCGCUGGACGCGCGGCCCACGGGCGCGCUGGUGUUCCACCGGCAGCGCCAGCCGCUGGCGCCGCACCCGUGCGCGGGCGGCGGCGGCUGCGCGCAGCUGUGCGUGACGGCCUACCGCGCGGGCGCGCCGCACGCGCACUGCCUGUGCCGCCACGGGUAUCGCGCGGCGGGCCGCGGCGGCUGCGAGCGCGUGCAGCUGGACAGCUACCUGCUGCUGGCGCGCGGGGCGCCGCCGCUCGUGCAGGCGCUGGCGCUGGGCCACCCGGGCUGGGAGGCCGCCGCGCCCGCCACCGACGCCGCCCGCCCCACCGCAGCUGAUGUGGACAUAGCGGGCCAGUACUUGUACUACUGCGACGUACACAGAUACGAAAUCGUGCGACAGAAGCUGGACGGCAGCGGGCGCGAAGUGUUUGCCGGGCGCGAUGUGGACAACUGCGAGGGCAUAGCGGUGGACUGGAUGGGCCGCAACCUGUACUGGACGGACGACGCGCUGGGCACGGUGAGCUGCGCGCGCCUGGACGCGCCGCAUAUUCGCCGUGUACUUGUGCAGGAUGAUGAUUACAAAGCCUACCACCCUCGCGCCAUCGUGCUUGACCCCAGCAACGGCACGAUGUUCUGGUCGGUUUGGGCGGGCGCGCGCGGUGGUCGCGGGCGCAUCGAGACGGCCGCCAUGGACGGGUCCGGGCGGCGCACCCUGCUGGACGACGAGCUGCACUGGCCCAGCGGGCUGGCGCUGUCGGCGGCGGGCGAGCUGUACUGGUGCGACACGUUCCGCAACACGCUGGAGCGGCUGGAGCUGCGCUCGGGCGCGCGCUCGCUGCUGCUGGCGGGCGCCGCCAAGCCGUACGGGCUGGCGCUGCACGAGGGCGCGCUCAUCUGGAGCGAGCACGGGACGGGCGCGGUGCGGCGCCGCGCGCCCGACGGGAACGUCACCGACCUGUACCGCCUGCCGCCGCCACUCUACGACCUCAAGCUAGUGUCUGACACGCAACGACAAGGCCACAACCAUUGCUCGGUAAAGAAUGGCGGCUGCAGCGAGCUGUGUCUGGCGAAACCAGAGGGCCGCACGUGCGCGUGUGGUGAGGGCCGCGAGCCGCGCCCCGCCGCCCCGCAGCAGUGCCAGCCCGCGCCCGCCCCGCGCACGCCGCCGCCCUGCCCCGCCGGCAGCUUCGCCUGCCUGCACGGCCGCUGCAUCGAGGCCCAGUACGUGUGCGACGGCGACCUGGACUGCCCUGACGGCUCCGACGAGGACUCCUCGCCUACCGGACCCUGUGCUAAUGCGACGUGCGGCGACGAUCAGUUAAUGCGAUGCGAUACAAACCGCUGCAUACCUAACUCAUGGAUUUGCGAUGGACAAAAAGACUGCACUGACGGCGCGGACGAGGCUCCGGGCGCGUGCGGUGCGGGCUUGUGUCGCGCCCAGCAGUGGGCGUGUGCUAGCUCGCGGCGCUGUAUCCCGGACUGGUGGCGCUGCGACGGCGCCCCCGACUGCGGCCGCGACGACCUCAGCGACGAGCUGCAGUGCGAGGCGCGCGCCUGCGGGGCCAACAUGUUCGCCUGCGACAACGGGGCCUGCCUGCCCUGGGAGUACCACUGCGACGGCCGCGCGGACUGCGCCGACGCCAGCGACGAGCGCGCCUGCCGCGACCGUCUGCCCGACCCCACGCCCGCGCCCCCGCACGAUCACCAUCAUCGACGCCCCAAUCACGACAACAGUGCUUGUGAAGAUCAUGAAUUCCAGUGUAACAACACGGAGUGCAUAAGAAAAGAGUUCCGGUGCGACGCUCAAGAGGACUGCUUGGACGGGUCAGACGAGGUGGGUUGCGGGGAGCGCGGUACUGCCACCCCCUCCCCGCGCAGCACCACCGCCGCGCCCCCGCCCGCCUGCGCCGCCCCCGCCCUGCGCUGCGACAACGGGACCCGCUGCGUGCCGCUAGCGCAACUGUGCGACACCAUCGCGGACUGCGCGGACGGCGCCGAUGAAGCUGAUCGCUGCGGUGAGCCGAUGUGCGAGCUAGCAGCAUGCACGCACGAGUGCCACGCGGCGCCGUCGGGCCCGGUGUGCGGCUGCCCGGCGGGGCUGCGCCUGCUGGCGGACGGCAGCAGCUGCGCGCCGCGCCUGGCCUGCGACUGGGGCGCCUGCGCUCACCACUGCCAGCCGCACAAGAACAGGCACAAGUGCUCCUGCGACCCCGGCUACCGCCUCGCUGACGACGGCUUCUCCUGCAAGAGUACUGACGAAAGCACCCCUCUGCUGGUGUUCAGCAACCGGCACGAGGUGCGCGGCGUGGAGCUGCCGGCGCUGACUGCGCGCGCGCUCAUCUCCUCGCUGAAGAACACCAUCGCGCUGGACUGGCGCCGCGAGCCCAGCACCGGCGCCGUGCAGCUGUACUGGACCGACGUCGUCGAUGACAACAUUUACCGCGGGGUCAUCGUUGGCAACGCGCUGAGCGGUAUCGAGGCAGUUGUGCGACAAGGCCUUUCGACGGCGGAGGGAUUGGCUGUGGACUGGAUCGCCGGCAACCUGUACUGGGUGGAGAGCAGUCUGCACCAGAUAGAGGUGGCACGACUGGACGGGCGCUACCGGCGCACUCUGCUGGCUGGGGACAUGGAUAGUCCGCGUGCCAUCGCCGCGGACCCGCGCUACGGGUACCUGUUCUGGAGCGACUGGGAGCAAGCCGCGCCGCGUAUAGAGCGUGCGACGCUGGCGGGGCGCGAGCGGCGCGUGCUGCUGCGCGUGGACUCGCUGUCGGACGGCGCCUGGCCCAACGGCAUCGCGCUGGACUACCGCGCGCGCCGCCUGUACUGGGUGGACGCGCGCUCCGACUCCAUCCACACCACCGACUACGACGGCGGGGACCACCGCGAGGUGCUGCGCGGACACGCCGCGCUCUCGCACCCCUUCGCCAUCACCGUGUUCGAGUCGCACGUGUACUGGACCGACUGGCGCUCCAACAGCGUGGUGCGCGCCAACAAGUGGAACGGCAGUGACGUCACCGUGGUGCAGCGCACCCUCACGCAGCCCUUCGACGUGAAGGUGGUGCACCCCAGCCGCCAGCCCGCCGGCGAGGGCAACCCGUGUGCGGACGGCGGCGGCUGCUCACACCUGUGUCUGCUGGCCUCGGCCACCAGCCGCGAGUGCGCCUGCCCACACGUCAUGCGUCUGGCAGCCGACGGCGUCACUUGCGAACCACACGAGAAGGUGCUGCUCAUCGGCCGCGCCGGAGAGAUCCGCGGCGUGGACCUGGACGCGCCGCUGGUGCAUAUGAUUCCCACACUGUCGGGCCCGCACGUCACCUCGCCCGCCAGCCUGGCCUUCGUCGCCUCCGAGCGCAGCAUAUUCUGGGCGGACUCUGAGACGAGCGAACUCAAGCGCGCGGCGCUGACGGGCGGCGGCGUGCGCGUGGUGGCCGACAGCGGCGUGGAGCGGCCGCGCGCGCUGGCCGUGGACUGGGCGGGCGGCGUGCUGUACUACGCGUCGGGCGGCGCGCUGCUGGCCUGCAGCCUGGCGGGCGAGCACACGCUGCAGCUGCGGCGCGCGCACAACGUGUCGGCGCUGGCCGUGGACCCGCGCCGCGGCCGCCUGUACUGGGCCGAGCGCGGCGCCGCCAGCGAGCGCCUCGUGGCCGCCGACGGCGCCGCACAGGACGUGCACACGCUGCUGGACGCGCAGGCCAACCCGCUGCUGUCCGACGUCACUAGCCUGGUAGUGGACUCGGAAUCGGAGCGGCUGUACUGGGUGAACGCGGGGUCGGGCAGCAUGCAGUACCUGGACGUGCCUUCGGGGACGCUGACGACGUUGGAGACAGCAGCGGGCGCGCGGCCGGCGGCGCUGGACGUGCACGCGGGCGAGCUGGUGUGGGCGGACACAGCCACCGCCGCGCUGUACGCCUGCGACAAGGACCACUGCGCCCCGCACACCACGCGCCUGCUAAGGAAUGAUACCGAUAACGUGGUGUCGCUGCGCGUGUACUGGGGCGCGGCGCAGGCCGGGGGAGCGGCGGCGGGCGCAUGCGGGGCCCGCGCGCCCCGCUGCGCGCACCUGUGCCUGGCCGUGGGGGCCCGCGACACGCAGUGCCGCUGCGCCACCGGGUACACCCGCCACGGUGACAACUGCACGCCUGUGGAUGAGGUGCUGAUAUACUCGGUGAGCUGGGAGUUGCGAGGUGCACCAAUCGACUCCACUAACGACACACAGGAGCGCGGACUUCUGCCGCCGGUACCUCAGCUCUCCAUGGCGUCUUCCAUCGACUACGACGCAGAGGGAGAAUGGAUAUUCUGGGUGGACUCUGAGGAGGGCAGUGUGUGGCGUGUCCGGCGGGACGGGUCAGGGCGCUCCCGCCUGCAGCCGCCGGCCGGGGGCGCGGGGGGCCCGGGCGCCGCCGAGGCCGCGGACUGGCCCGCCGCCAUAGCCGUGGACUGGCGCGCGCGCAACCUGUACUGGUCGGACCCGCGCCGCAACCUGCUGCUCGUGUCGCGCUACGAUGGCAGCCACCGCUAUGUACUGCUCGAUACAGACCCGCUCUCCGUCACUUCACUGGCGCUGGACCCGGUGGCGGGCUGGGUGUUCAUGGCGGGCGGCGGCUGGGUGCUGCGCGCGCGGCUGGACGGGUCGCAGCGCGCGCUGCUGCACAACGCGAGCGGCGCGGGCGUGCGCGCGCUGGCGCUGGAGCCGCGCGCGCGCCGCCUGCUGCUGCUGGACGCGGCGGGCGCGCUGCGCCGCCUGCACUACGACGGCGCCGCGCCCGACCUGCUGGCGCGCCUGCCGCCGCACGCACACCACCCCGUCGCCAUGGCAGUGCACAAGGACACCCUCUACUGGCUCGACACGACGGCGGCGCGAGGCGGGCUGCUGGCGGCGCCGCUACACAACAUCACGGACUACCGCGUGCUGCGCGACAACCUCGGCGACAGCCUCAAGGAUCUUAAGGGCGGCGCGGCGGGCGCGGGCUGCGAGGCGCUGUGUCUGUGGGACGGGGGCCGCGCGCGCUGCGCCUGCCCGCACGGACGCCUCGCCGCCGACAACAGGACCUGCACGCCUUACGAAUCGUUCCUGAUGUACUCUCGCGUCACCGAGAUCGACAGUAUUCACCUGCUCGACGAGAAGGACCUCAACUCGCCCUACAAGCCCAUUCAACAUAAGGAGCUGAUGCGCAACGCCAUCAGCCUGGCGUACGAGUACAACAGUUCGCGGCUGUUCUACUCCGAUAUCCAGCGCGGCUCCAUCAACACCGUGCACUUCAACGGCAGCGCACAUGCCGUCCUGCUCGAGGAGGUGGGCGCCGUAGAGGGCAUGGUGUUCGCGGCGGCGCAGGGCAUGCUGUACUGGACGUGCAACAGCGCGGCCGCCAUCCGCGGCGCGCGGCCCGCGGCCCUGCUGGCGGCCCCGGCCGGGGCCCGGGCCGCGCUCGUGAGCACCGUGCUGCACCUGCCGCGCGGGGACCGGCCCCGCGGCAUCGACUUCGACCCCUGCGAGGCGCGCCUCUACUGGACCAACUGGAACGAGUCACACCCCUGCAUCCAGCGCGCCUACACCAGCGGCCGCGGACUGCAGACCGUUGUAGCCACCGAUAUUCUCAUGCCUAAUGGGUUGGCGCUUGACCAUCAUGCCAAGAAGAUCUACUGGGCUGACGCGCGCCUCGACAAAAUUGAGCGCAUGCACUAUGACGGCUCGCACCGACAUGUGGUGACACGCGCGGGGGCUGAGCACCCGUUCUCCGUAGCGGUGGCAGGUCCGUGGGUGUUCUGGUCAGACUGGCUGGCGCACGGCGUGUUCCGCGCGGACAAGCGCGCGGGCGUGGCGGCGGCGCUGCGCCGGGACGUGCCCCGCCCCAUGGCCGUGCUGGCUGUCACGCCGCAGCUGCAGACGUGCGCGCAGGACGUGUGCGAGCCGCUGCGGGCGGGCUGCGCAGAGCUGUGCGCGCCUGAUGCUGCAGGGGUACCUGUCUGCUCCUGCGGGCCGGGCCGAGUGCUAGCGCCCGAUGGCCGCGCCUGCCAGCCUGCAGCCGCGGCCUGCGCUCCCGGCAUGUGGGCGUGCGCCGAAGGCCCUUGCAUUCCGGAAGACCGAGUGUGUGACGGCGUGCCGCACUGCAGCGACGGUGCUGACGCUAGCGAUGAGGAUCUGUUCUACUGCACGUCUCGCGCGUGCCCGGCGGACACGGUGUCGUGCGGGCUGGGCGGGCGCUGCGUGAGCGUGGCGCGCGCGUGCGACGGGCGCGCGGACUGCGACGACGGCGCGGACGAGGCGGGCUGCGCGUGCCCGCCGCAGCACUACCGCUGUGACGACGGCGCCUGCGUGCCGCUGAGCGCGCGCUGUGACGCCGUCGACAACUGCGCUGAUGGCUCUGACGAGAGGGACUGUCCCGCCUGUUUGCACGCCGACUGCGCGCUGCGAACUGAACCGCCUCCAACAGAGACGAGCACAGCGGGUGCGGCGGAGGCUGGUGACGCUGGCGCAGUGAGCGGCUGCGGCGGCGAGCAGUUCGCGUGCGGCACGGGGGAGUGCGUGCCGCUGGCCUGGCGCUGCGACGGACGGAACGACUGUCCCGAUGCCAGCGAUGAGACGCUACACUGUCGGCACACGAACACGACGGCGGCACCCUGCUCGGCGGAUCAGUUCUCGUGCGGCGCGGGCGGCGGCUGCGUGGAGCUGGCGGCGCGCUGCGACGGCGCGGCGGACUGCCCGCGCGCGGAGGACGAGCGCGGCUGCGCCUGCCCGCCCGGCGCCGCGCGCUGCGCCGACAACGGACUGUGUCUGCACCCGAGCCUGUACUGCGACGGCGACGCGGACUGCGCGGACGGGUCUGACGAGCCGGCGGGCUGCGCGGGCGCGGCGGGCGCGGGCGGCGCCUGCGCGGGGCUGGCGGGCGCGCUGUACUGCGCCGGCCGCUGCGUGCCGCGCGAGCUGCUGUGCGACGGCCGCGACCACUGCGUGGACGGCGGCGGCGGCGGGGCGGGCUCGGACGAGGACCCGCUCAUGUGCGCGUCGUUCGCGCGCGCGUUCGGGCCAUCUUCCGUGGCGGGCGGCGCGGCGGGCACGUGCGCGCGCGCGGAGUGGCAGUGCGGCAACGGGGCCUGCGUGCCGCACGCCGCGCUCUGCGACGGCGCCGACGACUGCGGGGACUACACCGACGAGAGCCACUGCAGUCAGUCAUGUGCACUCUACACUUAUUUAUAUUCUAUUGGUAGAAAUACCAGAAAAGAAUUAGCUUUGAAUAUUGCAGUGGUGCCUCCCACUUUUAAGUCUUUUCACAUUUGCUGGGCGUCUUUGAUUUUACUUUUUAUAUACCCUUCUACUGCUUCUUCUAGACAAAAAUCACACAUUUCAAAUCAUUUAACCGUUGCUAUCGUAAAGCUAUGUUUCCCGUUCUCGUGUUACGGUGAAUCGUUCAGUGUACCUGAGUGUUUAGAUGUGGACGAGUGCGCGUUCGUGAACGGCGAGUGCGCGCACAACUGCACGGACCUGGCGGUGGGGCGCGCCUGCUGGUGCCGCGCGGGCUGGCGCCGCGCCGCCGACGGCCGCGCCUGCCGCGACGUGGACGAGUGCAGAGAGGACGCGCCCUGCGACCACAGCUGCCGCAACACGCGCGGCAGCUUCCUGUGCCACUGCGCGCCCGGCUACCGCCUGCUGCCCGACGGGGUCACCUGCACGCCGCAGUCCGACGUGCGCGCUAGUCUUAUCUUUACCAACCGCUACUACAUCCGGCGCGUGCCGCUGGCUGGCGAGGCUCCGGACGAGCUGCUGGUGCAUGAGCUCACUAACGCCGUGGCGUUAGACAUGGAGUGGGAACGCGGCUGCUUGUACUGGUCGGACGUGACCCGUCUGGGCUCUGCCAUACGGCGCGCGUGCGGGCCGCCUGGCCAGCCCGCCGGCCCGCACCGCCUGCUGCACGGGGCCACCCUGCAGAACCCUGACGGCCUGGCUGUGGACUGGGUGGCUGGCAACCUGUACUGGUGUGACAAAGGAACAGACACCAUCGAGGUGUCGCGCACGGACGGCUCGCACCGGCGCGUGCUGCUGCGCGGCCAGCUCAGCGAGCCGCGCGCGCUGGCGCUGCAUCCGGCGCGAGGCACGCUGUACUGGUCGGACUGGGGCGCGGCGCCGCACAUCGGGCGCGCCGGCAUGGACGGCUCGGGGCGGCGCGUGCUGGUGUCGGCGGGGCUGUACUGGCCCAACGCGCUCACCGUGUCGCCCUCCUCCAACGAGCUGUACUUCGCGGACGCGCGCGAGGACUACAUCGCCGUCGCUGACCUCGACGGCAACAACGUGCGCGUGCUCUUCUCGCGAGAGCGCAUGCCUUGGCUGCGUCUACACCACGUGUUCGCGCUUGCGGUGUGGGACGGGCGCGUGUACUGGUCGGACUGGGAGACCCGCGCCGUGGAGAGCUGCCUGCGCCGCCCCGACAUGCGCUACGCCGGCGCCGCCAACGACAGCAGCGGCGGCGCCUACCGCUGCCGCACGCUCGUGCACACCGUGCACAAGCCCAUGGACCUGCGCGUCUACCAUCCGGCUCGCCAGCCACCGCAACCCGAGCUGUCGGCAUUGUGCGCGGCGCUCAACUGCUCGGGGCUGUGCCUGCUGACGCCGGAGGGCGGCGAGAACGGCGGUGCGGGCGCGCGCUGCGAGUGCCCCGAGCACUGGGCGCUAGCUGAGGACGGACGCUCGUGCACGCCCAACUGCACGUCUGCGCACUUCGUGUGCGCGUCCGCGCUCAAGUGCAUCCCGUUCUGGUGGCGCUGCGACACGCAGGACGACUGCGGCGACGGCAGCGACGAGCCCGCCUCGUGCCCCGCCUUCCGCUGCGCGCCCGGCCAGUUCCAGUGCGACAACGGGCGCUGCGUGCACCCGUCGCACAUCUGCGACGGCGCGCCGCACUGCGGGGACGGCUCGGACGAGCGCGACUGCGACAAGUUCACGUGCCUGGCCUCGCAGUGGAAGUGCCGCGGGAACAGCUCGGCCGGCGUGGCCGCGCGCUGCGUGCCCGCCGCCGCGCGCUGCGACGGACGCUACGACUGCCACGACAAGGACGACGAGCACGACUGCCCGCCGCGCACCUGUCCGCCGCAUCAUUUUACAUGUGCAAACGGUGCGUGCGUGCCGCUGGUGUGGGUGUGCGACGCGGACUCUGACUGCGGCGACGGGUCGGACGAGGGCGCCAUGUGCGCGGCUCGGGCCUGUGCUGCUGACGAGUUCCGCUGCGGCUCCGGGCGCUGCAUACCGCGCGAGUGGCUCUGUGACGCCGAGCACGACUGCCCCGCGCGCGAGGAUGAGGUGGGCUGCCUGCCCGGCCGCUCGCCGCCCGCCUGUGACCCCACAUACUUCCGCUGUCCCGACGGCCACUGUGUGCCCGGCCGCUGGCGCUGUGACCUAGAAGAUGACUGCGGCGACGGCGCAGACGAGCUAGGCUGUGCGCCGCGUGCCUGCUCACCCUCCGAGUUCCGCUGCGGAUCAGGCGAGUGUAUUCGCGCCGCACUGCGCUGCUCGGGCGCCGCCGACUGCGCGGACGCCAGCGACGAGGCGGGCUGCGCGCCGCACUGCGGGCCGGGAGCGCGCGCCUGCCGCGCCGGGCCCGCCUGCGUGCGCCGCGACUGGUGGUGCGACGGCGAGCCCGACUGCCCCGACGGCUCGGACGAGGCGGGCUGCGCCGGCGCCGCCGACUGCGGGGAGCGCCUGGCGUGCGGCGGCGCGGCCCGCUGCCUGCCCGCCGCCUGGCGCUGCGACGCGCGCCGGGACUGCGCCGACGCGCGGGACGAGGAGCCCUCGGCUUGCGAGCAGCACGCCUGCCCGCCACCCAUGUUCCGCUGCAACGACAACACGUGCUUGCCGCCCAACCUGGUGUGCGACGGCUUCCUGGACUGCGACGGCGACGAGAACCCCGCGUUCUGCGAGCGGCGCCGCUGGCUGGGCGAGGAGUCCGCCUGCCAGCCCGACGAGAGCCUGUGCGACGACGGCCGCUGCGUGCCCGCCGACUCGCCCUGCGAUGCCGAUGCUGAACUGGCUUGCCGCUGGGACACGUGCUCGCAGUUGUGCCUGCCUAAACACCAGAACCACACGUGCAAAUGUGUAUCGGGCUACAAGCAGAGACAGCUACCGGACGGUACAUUAACAUGCGAGGCCUCAGGUGAGCGCGCGGUGCUGCUGCUGGCUGAGGGCGGCGAGCUGCGCGCCUGGCAGCCGCGCGCGCUGCGGCAGCAUGACGACCUGGCCGGGACCACUGAGCUCGGGAACAGCAGUAAGGCGGUGAUCACGAGCGCAUGCGGCGCCCUGGUGGGCGACACGUGGUGGGUGCUGUGGGGCGACGACUCGGGUCGCCUGCUGCGCGCAGACGUGACCGCGCACGUGCCCGCGCCGCGCGACGCGCUCUCCGAGGACCUGGCCAUGCGCGCCCAGCUCGUGCUGCGCGUGCCCGGCGAGCUGCGCGGCGUGGCCGUGGACGUGGCCGCGCGCCGCGUGUACUGGACGCAGGCGGGCCCGCGCGCCGGGCUGGGCGUGGCCGCGCUGGACGGGCGGCGGCGGGCGGCGCUGCUGGCGCGGGCGGGGCGCGAGCCCGACGCGCUGGUGCUGCACGCGGGCGCGCGCCGCCUGCUGUGGGCGGAGCGCGGCGCCGAGCCCGGCGUGCUGGCGGCCGGCCUGGACGGCGCCGCGCCGCGCUGGCUGGUGCGCCGCCGCGUGCGCCGGGUCACCGCGCUCGCGCUGGAUGCGCCCGCUGAGCGCUUGUACUUCGUGGACGCUUACUACGACACGCUGGAGAGCGUGCGCCUGGACGGCAGCCAACGCGCGCUCGUGGCGCAGUUCACAGUGCGGCCCGCCGGCGCCCCGCACGCGCCCAGCGUGUUUGUUGGAGGGCGCGCGGCGGAGGCAGGUCCUGCGACGAGCUCCGGGGCUACUCAAGCGGGGGCGCGAGCCUGUGCUCGUGCCGCCGUGUGGGAAGAGUGGGUGUACUGCGCCACCCCGCGAGGACUGGCACGACUACCCAAGCGGCCACGUCCUGACCUGCCGCGCGUGCGCAUCACACACGCACCUCGUCGACCGCUCACUGCGCUGGCGCUGCUGCACCCGGCUAUGUUCUCUGCGGACACGGGUGAUAACCCAUGCAAGGAAGGAGAUGCAGGAAACGGUGCUUGCGACGAGAGCGCGCUGUGCGUGCGGAGUGCUACAGAGGAGGGCUUUGCUUGUCUGUGCCCCGAAGGCCUCGUGCCGCUGGACGAGGCGGCCGUGCGCGCCCAGCGCAAGUGCGUGAUCCCGCGCGGCGCGGCCGGCGCUGCGGAGAGCGGGGGCGGGGGCGCGGGCGCGGGGGCGGGCGGGGGCGCGGCGUGCGCGCUGGCGUGCGGGCCGGGCGCCUGCGUGCGGGGCGCGGCCGGGGCCCCGCACUGCCGCUGCCCGCCGCUGUUCACGGGCGAGCGCUGCCAGCACUACCGCUGCGCGCAGCACUGCCACCGCCGCGGCCGCUGCGAGCUGGACCAGACACAACACACCGACCUCACACACACGGCCGACCCCACUGCACCUUUACCACUCAAGUGUGUUUGCAACCCCGGCUACACGGGGGCUCGCUGCGAGCGGACGCAGACGGACGCGACGGGAGCGGAUGCGAACACGACGGGCGCGUGCGCUCGCGUUUCCUGCGAGAACGGCGGCCGCUGCGCACUGCAGGACGGCAGAGCAGUCUGCGAGUGCGCGCCAGAAUACACUGGCUCUCGCUGUGAGCGCUGUGUGGGCGGGCCCGAGUGCGGCGCCGGCGUGUGCGAGCGCGACCAGGACGGCGCGCGCUGCAGACCUGACAUUUGCCGGUUCUUCUGCCUCAACCAGGGCGCGUGCAGCGUGUCGGCGGUGGGCGCGGUGUCGUGCCGCUGCCCGGCCGCGUGGAGCGGGGAGCGCUGCCAGCGCCCCGCCUGCGUGGACGCGGCCUGCGCGGAGCCCGCGCCCCCCGCCACAGCCGCGCCCCCGCAGACCACCGCCCGCGCCACACCCGCUACAGACGCGCCCAAGAGGAGUAAUGCGUCGGGUGCAUCGGGCGCGCGCUGCGGGGCGGCGUGCUCGCACGGCGGGCACUGCGUGCGGACCGCGCGCGGGCCUGCCUGCGCCUGCGCCGGGGCCUGGGGCGGCGCGCACUGCACGCUGUACGUGGGACACGACCACGCCUGCGCCGCGCGCGCCUGCCCGCCGCCCGCGCUCUGCGUCUGGGGACCAGACUGUGAGUAG